AUGGCCGAAGUGAUAGCGACCAUCUCCGUAAUAUCAUCCAUUAUCGGACUGGUCGAUUUCAGUGCGAAGGUCAUCUCUCGAAUAAACGAUUACCGAUCUUCGGCGGAGACGAUACCAGCAGCAUUGAAGGAGAUCCGCCUACAGCUACCGCUGUUGGUGGGUGACUUGGAACGAAUCAAGGAACAGGCCGAAGACGAUGGACUGGACAAUGAUACCAGGCGAGCCGUUCUUGCGAUUGUGGAAGGUUGUCAUGAAGAUACGCAGGCUUUGUACAGUAUACUGACAGCAGUCGGCCCACAACAAGGCGAUUCAACCUGGAGAACAGGCCAAAAGGCGCUCUUAAGCAUCGCAAAGUACGAUGAUAGGAUCAAAGAGAUCUCCGAUGCGCUUCGCCAUCAUGUUGUCUAUCUUACCAACCAUCUCAUGGUGGAUAUGACGCAACAUAGAGCUGGUCUCGUAGAUCGCUCACUGCAGCCGUCGACCGCACCGCCACGUCCGAAGCCGAGCAUCCUGAUUCCAUUCAAGCGAGAUGCAGAGCACUUUGUGGGAAGGGCAGAUCUCAUGCGGUCGCUCGAUGGGGGGUUUAAUGACCGCAAUCGACUUGCACUGGUUGGGCUGGGCGGCGUGGGGAAAUCUCAGGUCGCCAUUGAGUAUGCCUACCGUCUGGUCGAACAAGAGCCGGAUACCUGGGUAUUCUGGGUUCAUGUUAACACACGGGCGCGCUGCAAGCAGUCUUUCGCGGACGUCGCGCGCAAAGUGCAGCUUCCAAAGAUUGAGCAUCCGGAACACGACGCAUUGCAAGAAGUCACCGAUUGGCUCAAUGACAAGUCACAUGGGCGUUGGCUUUUGAUCUUCGACAACUGUGAUGAUCUGGACGUGAUCAGGAACAUCGAACAUGGGCUCACCGGGUCGUCCAGGUUCGGUGGCGUUGAGGAGAAGCCACUUAUAGAAUACAUCCCUAAAGCCGAGCAUGGCAAGAUCCUCGCAACAUGUCGUAGCCGCGACGUCGCCAUGGAGAUGAUGUACAGCGAUGAGCAAGCUCUCAUUGCAGUCACCGAGAUGAGCAUCGAUGAAGCGCGAAAAUUGCUGCGCGCAAAGCUACCAAAUGACCGGUCGUCAGACGCCGAAUUCACGGCUUUGGCGGACGAGCUGGGCCAUAUACCGCUCGCGCUGAAGCAAGCAGCUGCUUAUGUUAGUCUGAAUCGAGGACAUAUGACCGUCUCGAAAUAUCUUCGGCAGUUCACCAAGAGCUCAGGGUCGCAAACUAAGCUCUUGAUGAAGGAGUUCAACGAUGAAAGCCGCGAUUGGACCUCGAAGAACUCCAUCAUCCUAACCUGGGAGAUCUCUUUCAAUAAAAUUCGCUCGAGCAACCCUUCGGCGGCUGAGCUGCUGUCUCUCAUGAGCUCGUUCGAUCGCCAGGGCAUCCCGCGGUAUUUGCUGUGCGAGGAAGAAGAUGACUUGGACUUCGAAGACGACAUUGGCCUGCUGAUCAACUACUCUCUCGUUACCGAGAACUCUGAGGAUGACAACUACAACAUGCACCGCUUGGUACAGCUGACGACGCAGAGCUGGCUCGAGACUCAGAAGCGGCAGACGCACUGGUGGGAAGAAGCCUUGAAGUCCCUAACAAUGGCUUUCCCUGAGGAUAAUCAUGACAACUGGAAGAUGUGCUCUGCACUGUUGCCGCAUGCCCAGCUUGUGGCAAGCCGACAAUUCAGCUCACCUUCCUCCGAUCAGCCGCUCUCAGAGUUGUUUCGAAAAGGAGGUGUUUAUGACAUGGGACAGGGCCGCUAUGAAGCAGCUCAUCAACGCUUGACGGCUUCAUACUACAUUCGCCAGCGACCGUUCGGCGAAGAGCACGCCUCAACACUUGAUUCGCUUAAUGCACUUGGGAGCGUGCUAGAGAGGGAAGGGCAUUGGCGAGAAGCUGAGACGACACAUCGCAAGACACUGGCUAUAAGGCGCCGGUUGUAUGGAGAUUCUGACGUGCAAACGCUGGAGGCAGAGAACAGUCUUUGCCUAGAUCUCAUAGAUGAGGGCGAAUAUGACGAAGCAGAGAUUCUCUUACGACAGGCGCUCGACUUGGAGAAGUCGCUCGAUAAUAAGCAUCAUGUGAGGUUGGAUUCGAUGACUUAUCUGGGGCUGGUGUUGGAGCAUCAAGGACGUUUCUUGGAGGCUGCCGACAUCUAUCGGAGCGUUCUUGAAAUGCAAGAUCAAUUUUACAGCUCCGAACAUCCUGCAACCCUUGAGACGGUCAACCACCUCGGGCGAACGCUUUCUGUCCUUGGUCUGUGGACCGAGGCGGCGUCAAUGCUUGCAAGGGCUCACGAAUCUAAGAGUGAAGUACUUGGCCCAGAGCAUCCGAAAACGCUCGACGCAUUGUCUGCAUUGAUCGAUAACCAGGAAAGGCAAGGCAAGUUGAAAGAAGUGGCCAAAUUACCGCAGAACCUUAUCGACUUACAGGACAGAGUUUUCGGACACGACCAUCCCACAACUCUCGAGAGUCUCAACCAUCUUGCCAACAUCAAGAUAACAACCGGGCUCUACGCCGAAUCCAUGGAGAUCCUGGAAGACGCCCUCAGAAAGAAUGUGCAGAAUGCCGGGCCCGAACAUCCUCUCUCGCUGCGCAUCCGCCGCAACAUCGGCAAAUGCUGGAAGGAUAGCACCGAUGAAGCGAAAGGCGCCGAGAUCGAGAAGGAAGUGCUGGAAAUACAGGAACGAACCCUAGGGCCCGAUAACCCUGACACCAUCCAGACUGUGUGCGCACUUGCAGAGUCGAUGGGUCUCAUCGGGAGCUUUGCAGAGGCGCAUCGGCUGAUCAACCGUGCUAUAGUGUACAAUAUUGAGCACCUGGGCCGCACUCAUGCACAGACCUUGAUUUCGCUUGAGACUCAGGCCUUCGUUCUCCAGCAGGAAGAGCGAUGGGAGGAUUCGGCACAAGCCUACCGACAGCUAGUGAGAACGGAGGAGGAGAUAUUCGGGCUCAACCAUCCCACCACUUUGCAAGCCAACCACAAUCUUGGAUUCGCUCUCGCAAAGAGCGGCACUGUUGAGAAAGCUUCGAGGCUGAACAACUCUUGA